AUGAAGAUUUUGGUCACAAGAACAGUAAAGAUCCCAGAGGGCUGCAUUGUGAAGCAGGAGGGGAAAGUCUUUACAUUCGAGGGCCCGAAGGGAAGGAUAGUCGAGGACUGUACUCGACAUCCGCUAACAUUUGAUAUCUAUGAGGGGAAUGUCCGAAUCCGACUCUGGAAUGGAAAGAGAAAGGCUGCAGCUCUUGCAAUAACGGUCGAGUCUCUUUUGAAAAAUGCAGUCAAGGCCGUCACAGUUGGAUUUGCAUACACUCUGAAAGCAGCAUACAACCAUUUUUCUAUAAACAUGGAGGUCAAGGAAGAUGGAAAAGUCCUCCUUGUGAAGAACUUUCUUGGAGAGAAGAACAUCAAGGUGUUUAGGAUGCGUGGAGUGGCAAGGGUUAGACUGGACGAAAGGAAGGAUACAAUAGUGAUUGAGGGCCCAUCUCUGCCGGAUGUUUCCCAGAGUGCAGGGACAAUCUCCAACGAAUGCAAGGCUAAGAACCGAGACAGCAGAGUGUUCCUUGACGGAAUCUUUGUUACAGAGAGAGGCAUCAUGGCUUGA